AUGGCAAAAAAGGGAGGAGUUCAGCAAUUGCAGGCAGAAAUAAAUACGGAUGAAGAGUUCGAGAAGUUUCUAGAACGUGAUGGUUUGUUGGUGAUGGACAUUUACACUGACUGGUGUGGACCAUGCACUGGAAUGGUCGGCAGUCUGAAAAAAAUCAAACUUGAACUCGGUGGUGAUAAUCUUCAACUGGCAGUGUGCAAGUCUGACGAUAUAGAGGCUUUAAAGAGAUUUCGCAACAACAGUGAGCCGACUUGGCUUUUUGCUUCGCAUGGUAAAAUCGUCAACCUCAUGUUCGGCACAAACGUGCCGAAACUUAUCAACCUUAUCACAGAGGAACUAGAUGUUGAGCUGAAAACCCGGGCCGGCGAAGUGGAACGUAAAUAUUACGACCUACACGAAUUAACACCCGAAGAACAGGAACGCGAGGAUGCCCGCCAGGCCAUUGAAGAGGAAGCGGAGAGGAUCGAACGGGAGGCAUCCAUUAAAAAACGCCGCGACUAUAUAAUUCAUGUCACCGAUGAAAUUAUGGCGAAUAUACCAGAUAUGGGAAUUUGUCUGUUUAUGCCGCACGUGCACAAAGAAAUAUACAAGAAGCUAAAUGAACAUGCCGAAAAACAUGACCUGCAUUUUAAAGAAAAACGUUUAGUUCACUUAAACCCCAAAAUGUUAGAGGUGUUGCACUUUGACUGUGAGAACCAGCUUGAGGAUGAAGUAUUUGAGCAGAUUUUCUAUAAAGAUGUCCAAGCAUACGUAUGGAAGCUACAAGAGGAUGUCUCGCGUACCCCAGAGGACGUAAUCGGUGAUUUUGUGCACUAUUUAACAACAGCGAACGAAAUACAUGAUGCCGAUGGAAACAUAGAAAAAACGAUUCCACCCAUGAUUGAACCGUUGGAAAUGCUGUAUAACCCCAACGAUGGAAGCUGGGUUAUUGUAAACAAACGAGGAUCGAAAAAGGGCUCAAUAGCAUCCAGAGAUUCGAAGAGCACAUCAUCCAAGGAAACCGUUGAUGAGGAAAGCUGUCCAAGAAUGUACAUUCCAGGCGUGUGGAGUCCGACCAAUAGGCGAGCAACAGCAGCGCUUUUCUAUUUGCUAUUCAGACAUUUAACUGAUCACUUCUUACCACCUGAUCCAGUGCCAGAGCCCCCACACAUAUGUAUCGUGUUUGAUGCAUACAAAAAACGUGACGUUUUCGAAGUAGCCGACAAAUACAAACGUGACGUUAUGGCGUACGGCUACUUCACGACUGGUGAUCCUAAAACUGCGGAGUUGAUAGCAAAGACUACCGAGCGGUACAACCGUUUGAAACCAAAUGUUAAUGACAAAUUAAUUAUGAAAGUUUCUAAAGCGACUAGCCAUGCCAUGCUCGGUUUGACGGCAGUUGGACCAUGUUACAUUAGCCAGAACGCAGUAGAAGGCCAGGAAGAGUGCGCAGUUCUUUUUCCACCAAAUUACAAUAACAUUGAGGAGGAAACCGGAGCUGAAGAAUCUAAAAAGAAACAUAAGAAAAAACGUCGGGGCAAGAAAAGUGACACUUCAAUCGGUUCGGAGUCCACAACGUCAUCGACACCGACGGCAGAUGCAGCAGGCGAAGCACACGGUGAAAAUGGUGAAUUGGGUACGAUUGGGGAAGGAUCCACUGGUGAGGAAGGAGAUACAACAUCUUCAUCCAAUAAUUCACCUGAAAAAACUGGUGGGCCCGGGGAAGAAACCGCAGAAGAAAAAAAGACAUAA